GUGGCGCUGUAGUCUAGAAUUUUACAACAAAAACUAUUAAUUUUCAUUCUAAUUUAUUAAUUAUUUAUAAUUUAUUUUACAUUAAUUACAAAAACUUGAUUGUACGAUAAAUAAAAAAUUUCAAAAAAUAAAUAAAAAUACUUUUUUUUUCACAUUUUGUGUAAAACUUGCAAAACUCGUGUGAAAAUAACAGUGUACCCGUAAAGUACCCGGAGGGUUGGAAAAAAAAGCAAAAUAGUUCCCGGAAUAUGAUUUUCCUCUUGAAUUCAAUCACAAAAUGCCGACAGGUGAUACAAUCAACCCUUAGAAGGGGGACUCAACCCCAAAAUACCUACUGUACAUCCCGCCCGUAUGAGAUAAACACAAAUGUGGCUAAAGAUGUGAUAAUCUUCAAGUAUGAGAAUCCAAAGUUUUUCCGGUAUCUCAACAUUUUCGCCAUUUGUCAGUUUUUCUUCUGGAACUACCUCUCGCACUUCUCUUACACAACACUUCGGGAUGCUCCUGUAGACCGGAACACCUCAGAAGACCUCCCCUUCUGGCGGAGGCUCAAUCUGGGGGAUAACAAGUACCGGAAUACAUUGACAGUGCUUUGCUUCUCCAUUGGAUGGGGUGUCCUGGCACUUGGAUGGAUGUUUACGCUGAGAUCCGUUAGAUUCCUCGUUCUCCGGAAAGGUGGUCAGACGGUUUCCUUUGUAACCUACACGCCCUUUGGGAUUAGCAACCGAAUUAUGGAUGUCCCACUGAAAUGUGUUUCAGCUCAGGAAUCCCGGGAAGCUGCGCGUGUACAGUUACCGCUAAAGGUUAAAAAUCACUCCUUGUACUACAUCUUGGACAAGAAGGGAACCUUCCCUAAUGGGAAACUCUUUGACUACACUGCCGGACUCAAGAGAAACUUCAGCUAAAGAAUAUUUUGUACAAUUUUAGUCAAUUUUUUAAUAAACUCUCUCAGGCUGCUGUGUCAGUAACAAUCCAAA